AUGGAGAAUGGAAGUCUGGCUGAUCUGCUUCACCUCACAGAGUAUGACCUCUUGGUGCUUGGAGUCCACAAUCACCUCCACCGCCUGCACCUUCUUACUUCUCUACGCCUCCUUCAGGAGCGAGAGAGGAGGAGAGAGUUGAGGAUGAUGGCAGAGGGGCGUUUUGCAAGUCUGCCCAGGUCUCUUCAAGCACACCACACCCUGGGAGGAGGCACAGGCCACUCUGGAGUACCCAGCAGCCCUCUUGGUGCCCCAAGCAAUAAUACCUGCUCCUCCAGGAGGCACCAGGCCUCUCUCACAUCCUCCAUGGAUCUUCUCAGCUCCAGACCUGGUCUCCAUCCAGGCCAGUGUGGCAGCCUAUCAGAAAAGCCAGCUGCCGCCUACCAGCCAAUCUCUAUUCAUGGGACUCUGCCUCGGCGCAAAAGAGGAGGGGUCAACCUCGCCACACAUGGAAACUACACCUGGGACCCCAAAGCCAAUCACACAGAGCCUUUAAUUUAUGAGAAUGCAUUACUGACUGCUGAGUACCGUCAUCAGUCCAUGACCUCUUCACUGGUCCAAAAUAUCGCUGAUGACUUCCAUGGUUACAGGGAGCCUGCAGCCGGGCCCGACGCCACAGUGGACUACGUUAAGGUUUCUUAG